AAGUUUUCAUCGGAUCAGAUUUGUCAGCCCCUUUACAGACAGCGGGCGGUUACGGCUGUGACAACUACAUUACCGGUGGUAAUACUCUGAGGACUGUGAAGCCAAUAACAUUACAUGUCUGUUGCACUCAUGUGGAAAGAACUUUCUGGUUCUGUUGUUACUGGUCCUGCUACAUAUAAAGUAGACCGAGACACAAGUUGCAGCUUGUCCAGAAAAAGAUCUUUGCGUCGCCUGGAAUUCUGAAUGUUGAGUCUCGGAUGCCGCUGAUGCGGAGUGCGCGUCAGAGUUGUGUUGUCAGAGGUCGAUAUGACAAGUGGGUCAGUGCUGCUGAAGCAGUCGGCACAGAUUAACAGAACAGCAGUAAAUGUCGGCCGAGCUCUGCAACUAAACAAAACUGUAGGUGGAAAUCUCAACAGGGGGCUCUGUUGCUUCAUCCAGACAUCCUGAGGGUGCUGCUCGGCACCGCACAGCGGUUCUCUGCACGCUCAGCAGCAGGAAACACUCAGUCAGCACAUGUUUGAGGACGAGUCCCAGCAGAUGAGGGAGCAGGAGGAAGUAGGUGUGCUCCACGCACUAGAGACACCUGCAGCAGGUGGAGCAGCAGCAUCAGCAGGAGGAGGAGGAGGGCCGCUGUCCUUCACAGAUGAAGCUCUGUCCAUCCUGACCUCCAGCAGCCUGUUGGCCCGCUCCCUGUUGGGUCACACCUCAGCCAUCAAACGCAAAGAGAACCCCGCUUCGAUCAUCCGGCGCAAGCGCGAGUUCAUUCCCCAUGACAAGAAAGACGAGGGCUACUGGGACAAGAGGAGGAAGAACAACGAGGCAGCAAAGCGCUCCCGAGAGAAGCGGCGUGUCAAUGACAUUGUCCUUGAGAGCCGGGUUCUGGCUCUGCUGGAAGAAAAUGCUCGACUCAGGGCCGAGCUGCUGGCUCUGAAGUUUCGCUUUGGCCUGGUCAAAGACCCCUCCAACACACCCAUCCUGCCCCUCACCACAGCUGCUCAGCACAGCGCGCAGAUCCUGACUCCUCAUUAUUUUCUACACAGAGAAGAAGGAAGCCUCCCGAGCUCCUCAGCCUCACACUCCAGCAGCCAGACAGCCCCGCUGAGUGUGCGAAGCACCAGGGAUGUUGGGAACACGUCCGAGGACUCUGGAUUCUCUACACCAGGGGGGUCCAGUGUGGGCAGCCCCAUCUUCUUUGAAGACCGCCUGAGUGACCAUGGGAAGCUUUCACCACACAGGACAGAGGAGCUGGGCUAUGAGCUUCACCACUCACCUGCAGGAUUUGCCGGAGGGAAGCUGGACCAGGCGGAGGCCAUAAAAAAUCUGCCUUACAAGCUACGAUUCAAGAUGCCAGGCGGUGGGGAUGGGGGCGAUACUGCUGUGGACACCAGUGGCACCAGACGCAGCCAUGCCCUCUCCACAGUGGGACGGGAGGGCCCGAGAGAGAAUGCCAAAGGAUUGAGCAGAGGGGAAACGGGAGCAGCACACUGGCUGCAGCAGCUGGAGGGGGAGGAGGGCAGGAGGGGAACACUGUCCCCUCAGUGCAACGCCUCAGCUGCAGGCUACAGCCUCCAGCCUCCUGCCACACAAGGACUAGGUGAGGCCCAGUACCAGCACGAGAACACGUACCUCAAGUCUCAGCUGCACUCUCUGAGCGAGGAGGUGGCUCAGCUGAAGAAGCUGUUCACAGAGCAGCUCAUGGCCAGAGGCACCUGAGGACCAACGCAGCCCAGGUCGAGGCCUAGGGAGCAGGAGUGCUCAACCGUGCACCAGGACUGAUACUCACCACGCGUUGUUUUCAUUUCAGAUUCUGUAUUAUACUGUAAAAAUUGUCUGUACACACUCCUGUGAUGUCAUCUCCGCUGCGCACGGUGGCGGUGGUGGUUUCUCUGUUCCAUGCACUGUGACAGCUCAAACACACAACAUGGUUACAUCACCUCAACACAAUGCAAACCUAACAGCCUCACUCAGCUAGAGACAACCAGUUGUGAAGCAACUUUGAAUUGAGCUGGAAAGCAGCCAGCAGGCGGUUCACACGACACAAAGGAAGAAGGGUUUUAUUUAGAGGACUUACUGCACAGGCUUCCUGCUGCCGGCUGGUCUACCGGGGCCUGGACACACAGACACAGACAAGCGUCAAACCCCCAAGGCGUGUCUGUCACCAUGUGUGUGUGAAGCAGCAUCAUGUCGUGUCACAGGAGGAGUUAACCUCCAUGUCAGACCCAGUCUGAACACUCUGUCCCACUGAGGAGGUGUCCACUGUCUCUCUGUAUGUUUUCAUAAUAUGAAUAAAUCCAUUUUCAGCAUUACGCUGCUGAGCUGAUCAUUAA